UGUUUUAUAGAACCUUCAUUCUUUGAAAAUAAUGCUUCGAGUUCUUCUUUUCACUUUUACCAUUCUCUGGGCAGGUGCGGAAAACCAGUUAUGGUGCAAAAGUGGCCCAUUUCCAACAGGAGGAAAACCCUGCCCACCAAACUUCACAGAACUACCCAACGGGCUUUGUUGUUCUGAUGAUGACGUCUAUAUCAUAUCGGGCAAUGGCACCACACUUUCCCCAUCAACAUCCACUACCUCUGAUCCAUGCCAUGACAAAAUAAACAAUGCGACAGGAGUUAGCGAUUGUGCAAUGCGACGAAAUUUGUGUACGGAUCCAAAUUACAGAAAGAUGAUGCAUGAUCAAUGCCCAAAAACUUGCGGAUUCUGCACAACUAGGUCGACUACGAAGGCGCCAGCGUGUUCUGAUAAAGUGGACCCGAGAACUGGGGUUAGUGAUUGCCCACAAAAGAAGUAUCUAUGCACAGAUCCAACUUACGAGGCACUGAUGAAAGACAAGUGUCCGAAGACAUGUGGAUAUUGUUAAUUGACUGUUUUUAUUCAUUCUAACUAAUUUAUUAACAUGCAAUAAUGCCUUGAAAGUCUUUCAACUUUAUGAUAAAUA